AUGGCUAACUCAUCGUAUGUCGGCGACUGCGUCGCACCCUUCCUUGACGCCUCGAAAUUCCCUAGUAACGAAGGAUUCCUUGCUGGUCGGUUCUGCGAGACGAUCCUCAACCUUCCAAAUCAGCCAACAUGCUGUCUACCGUGUCCAGCCAGUGACUACAUCUAUCCACAAAGCUUUGGUACCUCCAUCGCAGCGGCUUCAUGGCUCAAUGUUGCUGGCCUGGCAUUAAUGGCUUUCUUGCUGCUUUCAUAUCUUAUUCUACCAGCGCAAAAGACCCGCAGCCAUUACCUUAGCGUCUGUCUGAUCGUCUCGAUAAUGAUGAUCGCCAUCGGAUUCACCAUUCCGCUAGGCUCGAAACCUCAACAAUGCCAUAAUGAGAUCACGCCGAACGAUAUGUACUCCAGCCUCGAAUGUGCGUUUAGUGGCGCUUUUGUCGUCGCCGGUGGUCUCUCCGUGGUGGUAUGGAUUCUCAUUCGAGCUUUAUCGAUGAACUUACAGAUCUGCUGGGAUAUCGUGCCCGGCAACAAGUUCUUCUAUGCCUCGCAAGCACUCGGAUGGGGCGUUUCUGCAACGCUCUUUUCCCUGACUAUUGCUUUGACGGGCGUCAGCUUCCGGAUGGGCGAUACCUGCCACGUCAAUCAUCAACACGCUAUGGGUGUCUUCUGGGGUCCGUUGCUCUUCAUGGCAGGUGCGGCAGGGAUACUCCAGCUGGGCACUUUCAUCUACUGCAUCAAUGUUUACCUCAAGAAUCUUUGGACCGAACAAAACGGCCACCAUCAUAAUCCCUCGAGCGGCACACCCGGCUCGAUCAAGAAAGGACUCCCUUCAUAUCAAUCCUCCAGCGGCAGCAGCCAACGCGGUUCAACAGCGCGUGCCGUCUAUCAACGUCUGAAGAAAGUCCUCUGGCUACAGUGGCGCGGUCUGUUCAUCGUCACCAUCAUUCUCGUCGACGUCGUCUACUUCUCCGUCAUCUUUGUUUGGCUCGACAGUCAACAGACUACCAUCGGCCAGGACUGGAAUGAGGUCGGUCCAUGGAUCAUCUGCAUGAUUCAGGAUCCCUCUGCAAAGGGUCGCAACCACUGCAUGCCGCUCAUCCAGCCUUUCCUCGUCAGCGAGGGCGUGCUGGUCUCGGUACUGAUGCUCCUCUCCGUCGCUGGAAUGCAAUGCUUCCUCCUCCUCGCCCGUCCCUCAUUGUUCUCUGCUUGGUGGACAUUGCUCCGCAAAGGACCCUCGAGCGCUGCCCAACAACCUGAGUUCAUCGAUCUAGAUGCU